AUGCAGGCUUGCAUUCUUGGGGACAGAGAUGAUGGGUCAGCUUUCUUGCUCAUGCUCAGCAUUGCCGCUGCUGGUUUCUCGGUGGAUGCUGAUGCUCCAGGUCAACGAGCGUCUCCUUGUCCCCAUUUCCUCGAAGGUUGCGGCGGGUGCCAAUUCAUACACCUCGACCUUACGCAUCAACGUACAUCCAAGCAGCAGCUGCUGCAGCAGAUGCUGCAGCAGGUGCUGCUGCGACAGCAGAAACUACACAACCAGCAGACUCCGCAGCAAGAUAUCGGCCGCUGGGAACCCCCUAAAGUGGCGCCUCUCGUCCCAGCCGCGUCUGAGACGCAAUUUGCUGCUCGAGCGGACAUGUUGCUUCAGCUAGUCGAGGGUAUACCUAGAUUAGGCCUUCCAGCAUAUGAUGGGUGCAGCAACAUUGUCGGCGUUCAGGAUUGCAUUCGCCUUAAGGGCCCCUUGCGUGAGCUGUACCGGCAUCUGACGGAUGUCCUUUUGCCCCUCUUGAAAAGCCGGCAACUGCGGAUACUUGACCAGCGGUGCGGUGCGGGGACGCUGAGUGGCCUGAGUCUCAGACUGGCAGAGGACUGCACAGGGUGCAAUGGCAUGGUGCUUCUGCGGCUGAAGGGGCACCUGGAAAGCAACGUUCGGCCACGUCUCGUGCAACUGGCGGAGACUCUCAGUAAACGCUGCCCAGCCCUCAAAGCUGUCACAUUCCAUGAUCUUAGAAGGUCAAAUCCGACUUCCCUGCUUGCCUCUGGCAUUGCUACUGCUGCGACAUUCGGCGCUGCUGUUGAUACGUCUAGCCGGAUAGCUGCACUUGCUGCUGCUCCUGGUGCUGCGCUUGGUGCUGGUGCGGCUACGGAGCCCCGUGGAACCCGGGAGAGUGUUGUUGGCCGUGGGAACGCACUUCAACAAAUUUGGCCCGCUGUGGAGAAGGCGGCAGGAAGGGCAGCAGGGCGCCUAUGGGGCGCCUUGGGAUCGGCGGGGUUGUUUGAAAUUUUGCUUUCCGCCCUAUUCAAGGAGGUUCGCGAACAGGUUGUAGAGUUGAGCAAGAACACAUUUGCAGGCAUGCUUAACAUUCCACAGAGUCUGCAUAGCGUCGUUGUUUUCGCCUCCAGUGCCCCCGACGCGGAGGAGACCCGGAAGAACAUGGCUCUUAAUGAUCUGUACUGGGGUGAGGUUGUGGAGUGUCCAGACAGUGGAGGCGUCACUGCUGCUUUCGCGGCACGCUCCGGCUUCUCCGGCCCCCGAAGGGCGCAACACCGCUCGCAGCAAGGAAACGCAUUAGGGAAAAGCACCAAGAGCCCUCGACGGGUGGAAAGGGCUUUCGAGGUGGAGGCAUCAGACGACAGCGUCGAAGCUGCUUCAGGGGUCACUUUGGCAGGACCUCCUCACCUUCCUGACGUGCUGCUGCUGUCGCCCUCCCGCGGGGGCCUGCCAAAGAAUAUGCGGAGGUGGGUAGCAGCAGCGGCCAUCCCCCGCGUCGUCUACAUUGCCCAUGAUCAGCCUGCAUUCUUCAGAGACGCGGAGGCCCUUGUUGCUGCUGGGUAG